AUGGCUCCCGCAAAGCCGAGUGUAGCGCUGAACUCGCAGGAAGACAUGCAGUUUCAGAUUGUUCUGACACAAGCUCAACGGCUCGCGAAAAAGCAAAAGAAGGAAGAAAAAAGUCUUAAUCCUGGAGUGAUCUUUCUGAGCCACCUGCCAGCAACAUUUUCUGAAAGUCAUUAUGAUUACUUUACCCAGUUUGGCGCCAUUAGCAGAUUCGGAUUGUCCCGAAGUGAACGGACUGGGAACAGCAGAGGGUGUGGCUUUGCAGAGUUCGAGUCUGCGAAUGUUGCCAGGAUGGCUGCAGAAACAGUGGACAGCCACCUUUAUGGCGCAAGACUUCUGUCGUGUGAAUUUAUGUCACCAGAGAAAGUCCACGAGGGCCUUUUUAAAGAGUGGAAUGUUCCCUUUCUUCAGCCAUUAUUCCCGGCACUGAAUCGCUAUAAUCAGAAACCGGGGCAUUCGCUAAUGUUGAAGAUGGAAUAUCGGUUCAAGAAAGAAAAAUUACUCCGGAAGAAGCUAGCUAAGAAGGGGAUCGAUUAUAGUUUCCCUUUGUUGGUCUUACCUAAUCCAAAGAAAGGGUCUUCACUGGGCACUCAGGAGUCCAAGGCUAACCAGGUUUUGCGUACCCCAAAAGACAGGCUUUCAGGUAUACCUAGGAAUACAACGAAGAGGACAUUUUGGGAAAUGGCCAAAAUGGUUCAUAAGAGGAAUAAGGCGGCUGAGAAGACUGUGGACAGCCAGGAUCCCACACCAGUUUGUACAUUUUUGGAGAGACAAAAAUCACAAGUGACCAAAAUCGAUGACAAUAAAGAUAAUGAAAUCAUUUUCAAACAGCCCGUGCCCACAGUGAAAGAGGAGGCACAAGAAAAGGAAGAGCAACCAGUGGUCCUGAAAGCGUGCUGCUUUGUGUCUUCCAGGCAGACGUGGUCUACACAUGUUACUGGUGCAGCGACAUGCAAGCCACUGGCGAGAUUAUUGGAGGAAAAACACGUUUGUUCAUUCCAGUGA